AAGAAACCCUCGCUGAGGAAAAGCAGAAACAAUAUACUACUUGGGGAAGGGGUUCUCGUUCGUUGGGCAUCUCUGGUCGUCUUCCCGGUGGACAAAACCGCGUUUUUCCACGGCCACCGUCCCCAACAUUCGCCGAUUCCAACCCCGCCUCGCCUCCUCGCCGUGUUCAAAACCCGCGCACCUCCUUCCCCCUUUCUCCUCCCAAUUCGUCUUCACCUCCCAACCCGCGUUGUUUUCUUUAUAUUACCCCAAACUCCACCACCACCAACCUCCUCCGCUUCCCCCUCUCACCACCACCGCAGCCGCCGCCUGCUGUUCCAUGAAGGACUAGCCCAUCCGCCCACCGCAGCCAUGGCGCAGCCCGUGGAGAGCUCGUUGCUCCUGUUCUUGGUCCUCCUCUCGCCGUUGGUGGCGUCAGCUGGCAUCGCCAAGCUCAACUCUUCUUCGCCCCUGUUUGGCAUCGAGUUCCCGCCGUUCAACACCGCCGUCAGCGACACCGGCUGCGACGGCAAGCUGGUGGUAGCCGAGGAGGCGAGGGAUGAGCAGACGCAGCCGGCGAGCCUAUCCCCAUCGCUGAAGCUGCAGAUGACCCGUCGCGCCGCGGCGGCGGGCUGGACGCGGAAAGACUCGUUCUUGGAUUCGGCCCAGAAGGACGCGGUCCGCAUCGAGACGAUGCACCGGAGGGCGGCGGCACGGGCCGGCGGCGAGCGGGCGUAUUCCCCGCGGCGCGCGCUGUCGGAGCGGCUGGUGGCGACGGUGGAGUCCGGCGUGGCGGUCGGGUCCGGCGAGUACCUGAUGGACGUGUACGUCGGCACGCCGCCGCGGCGGUUCCAGAUGAUCAUGGACACCGGCAGCGACCUCAACUGGCUGCAGUGCGCGCCGUGCCUGGACUGCUUCGAGCAGCGCGGGCCGGUGUUCGACCCCGCGGCGUCCUCCUCCUACCGCAACGUGACCUGCGGCGACCAGCGAUGCGGCCUCGUGGCGCCGCCGGAGGCGCCGAGAGCGUGCCACCGCCCCGGCGAGGACCCCUGCCCCUACUACUACUGGUACGGCGACCAGUCCAACACCACCGGCGACCUGGCCCUCGAGUCCUUCACCGUCAACCUCACGGCCCCCGGCGCGUCCCGGCGCGUCGACGGCGUGGUGUUCGGGUGCGGGCACCGGAACCGCGGCCUCUUCCACGGCGCGGCGGGGCUGCUCGGGCUCGGCCGGGGCCCGCUCUCCUUCGCGUCCCAGCUCCGCGCCGUGUACGGCCACACUUUCUCCUACUGCCUCGUUGACCACGGCAGUGACGUCGCCAGCAAGGUGGUGUUCGGCGACGACGACGCGCUGCUGCUGGCGCACCCGCGGCUGAACUACACGGCGUUCGCGCCGGCCUCCUCGCCGGCGGACACGUUCUACUACGUGCAGCUCAAGGGCGUGCUCGUCGGCGGCGAGCUCCUCAACAUCAGCUCGGACACGUGGGGCGUGUCCAAGGACGGGUCCGGCGGCACGAUUAUCGACUCCGGCACGACGUUGAGCUACUUUGCCGAGCCGACGUACCAGGUGAUCCGGCGGGCGUUCAUGGAGCGCAUGGGCAGGUCGUACCCGCUGAUCCGGGACUUCCCGGUGCUGAACCCGUGCUACAACGUGUCCGGCGUGGAGCGGCCGGAGGUGCCGGAGCUGACGCUGGCGUUCGCCGACGGCGCCGUGUGGGACUUCCCGGCGGAGAACUACUUCAUCCGGCUGGACGACGACGUCAUGUGCCUGGCGGUGCUGGGCACCCCGCGCUCCGGCAUGUCCAUCAUCGGCAACUUCCAGCAGCAGAACUUCCACCUGGUGUACGACCUGAAGGGGAACCGGCUGGGGUUCGCGCCGCGGCGGUGCGCCGAGGUGUAGCCGCCGGCGACGGUGACGGCGACGGCGAGGCCACUCCUCAGUUUGAUUGAUUAUGUUCAACAAUAUGUAGUAAUAGCUGAUUGGGAGGCUAAUUGGGUGUAGAAAUUUUGGGUUGGAAAUGAUGGUAGCGAGUACACAAAGCUAGUUAAAAAAAACAAAGUACUCAAUCUCCAAGCAGAGAUUGGGAACUAAGUAGGAACAGCCUAGUGGUUUUUACCAUUUGUUUCGUCUGUACACAGUUAUCUAAAGAAUUUUGCAUGAUUUACACAAUGGAUUCUUUUCAGUCA